CGUUGUAUGGGAUUUCAGUCGAUUUUAGAUUUACCACGAUGAAGGGUGUUAUUGUUUUGUUUUUCUUAGGGCUUUGUACCCAAUGGGUUUUUGCAGUAUUUUUAAACCACAGACCAUUUCCAACAUACAGUUUAGAAAACAUGCCAUCGACGGGAUUUUCUUGCAGAGAUAAAAUAUUGGGAGGUUACUACGCGGACGCCGAAACGCAAUGUCAAAUGUUCCACAUUUGUGUUAAAGUCGCCGGAGUAGGGGUGCAAGACUUCAGAUUUUUGUGUCCCAACGGCACAGCUUUCGAUCAAGAUCAUCAGAUAUGUGCCGAAUGGGAAGACAUAGAUUGCGACGCGACCACCCUGUAUUAUUCCAGUGAUAACUUCGAUUUAUAUCGAAUCGGAUCUGGUUACGAAUCAAAAGCACACAGAUAUGGAGAAGACGAAGAAACGUUUUCGUUACAAAGAGCAGAAACGGGCGACGCGCGAAUAAAUCACGAUCAACAAACAAAAAUUGUAGAUCAAACUAAAACACCACCAAGAAGUUACCAAAAUUCACCAAGACAGAGUUUCAACAACAACAACAACAACAACGAAAAAGAUAUAUUUAGAGGUUCCAGUAGUUCAAACUUUUAUAAUAAUAGAAAUAAUGGAAAAGAAAGAGACGAAGAUUACGACGAUAAUGUAAAUAUCAAUCAAAAUCGAGAUUACGAACGUAAGAGAAAAGUCGUUAGGAACAGAUCGAGAAGACCAGUACAAAACGAAAACAAAAAUAAUCAAAUUAACGAAUUCAGUAACAAAAAUCAAGAAUCUAGAUCACAAACUAGAAGACCAGUUAAUCAAAAUACGAGGUUUGUUAAUAAUUUCGCCGGAAGUUACGAACCAACAACAAAUAAACCAUCUACAACAACCCCGAACGCAAAUCAAUACACAUCAACAUUAAAUAAUUAUAGAAACAGAAACGGACAAAGACGACAACAAUUUAGCGAUUAUACAGAUAGUCCCACGUUCACGAUUAGUACACCAGCUCCUUUUAAACAACAAUACAAUACGCCACCUAGUAGAAGUACUGGUAACGUAUUUGCUACCGAAGAAAAUACUUCAAAAGAUUACGAAACGACUAAAGUGAAGCAGAUUUACGAUAAAACUGAAAAUUAUCCCAACAACAAUCCCAAAUAUAGUACCAGUUUCGAUAAGAAGCAAACCACGUCGUAUAAACAGACGAAUCCAAGUACUUUAAGUCCGAAACCGUUCAGCGUUUCUAACAGUAAUUUCCCGACGACUUUCGCUCCUAGAACUAACGCGGCUUACAGUCAAAUAGCUCAACAAACCGCCGCUUACAACCAGAACAGACAGAGCAGUCAGAAUAGUCCUUCAAGCACGCCGAAAAGUACUCCUUUCACUCAAUAUACACCUACUGUGCCGAAAAUUAGUUCGACUACUCCGAUCAGCAGAUCGAGCCGCUUCGAUGAAACUCAAUACGACGACGGAUCCUACAGUUCGAAGUACGACUACGAUGGCGAUAAAAGAGAAGACGAAUUUUUAAAAACGGCGCACAGUCAGAAUAUAGCUGCGAGUAGAAACGAGCUACAAAAAACAACGAAUAACAAGCAAACCCAAACGACUGUACCUGUUUCGAGAUCGACUUAUGAAGUACCUAAAACCUUUCCUUCUACUAAGAAAGUAAAUAACGAUGUGACGAAAACGUCUGUUUCUACGAGUAAGGUUACGGAAUUGCCGAAAACUACAUCGAAACCUAUCGGUAAAAAACCAGCGCCGCCUAAGAAGGAUUACGAUUAUGCUUACUACGAUACCGGGGUGGGAAGCGAACCUGAUUAUGACAUUCAUACCGAGAUUAAAAAGUUAGAUGAUGUCGUUCUUGUUUAAGGGUGAUUUGUUGGUGUUUCCUAUGAAUUUUUCACAAAACUGUUUUUGAUAAAUUUUUCGAUUUUCUAUAUAACUUUAUAAAAAUUCAUGAAUAGUAUUAUAUAAUUUGAAGGAUUUGUUAAAAAAUGUUGAAUUUCGUAUGGAGCAAGAGGGUAGAUAUUCAAAUUCUCUAUAAAAUGGUUCUAAAUCACUUAUUUCGUAUUGGCAACUUAAAUUGAGAUAUUUGCUAUAAUCAAAUAAAAUUCAUUUGCUUAGUAUAUUAAAACAUUUAUAAAAAAUCGAAAAAUUCCAAAUUUUCUAUUGAAUUUAAUAAUUUUUACAAAAUUAAAUUAAUAUUGACCAAAUUUGGAUAUUACAAAAAGUAAUUUGGGGCAAUUUUAUAGAAAAAUUCUGUAUGUAGAAGAAAUUAAUCAAAAAAAACGAAAUGUACAAUAAAAUUGUUAUCAUAGGGAAGCAGUUAAAGUUAUUGGGUAGCGCAAAAACAUAAUGUAACAAAACAGUACCUAAUAUUCAAAAUACAUAAAGCAAAAACAAUGAGUUGAUUAAAAAAAAUUCUGGUUCUUUUUUAUUAGCUCAAUUAUUAUUUAUUGGUAAAUUAGUUAAAUCAAAAAACCUCAUAAUUUUCCGCUUAAGUCCGUUUGACACCGCCUUCUAUUUAAGAUUGUAUAUAUUGUAAUUUUAUUAAUAAGAAUAAAACUAUUGUUACCUU